ACACACACACCCUCGUCCGAACAGCGCACGCCGAGAUGAGCGAAGAGAAGACGUACACCGGGCGCUGCUACUGCGGCGCCGUGAAAGUCACCGCGGUCGGCGAGCCCGCCGCGGUCGCCGUCUGCCACUGCCGCGAUUGCUCGCGCUGGGGCGGAAUCAACAUGGCGUCGCUCUGGCCGUGCGAAAAAGUCACCGUCGAGGGCGACCUCGUGGAGUUCACGAACCCGCCGCCGGAGGGGAAGCCGAAGGGCUCGAACCGCAAGACGUGCGCGAAGUGCCGCUCGAACGUCCUGAACGAUCACCCGGAUACCAUGAAGCUGACGGACGUCGUGAGCGGCAUCAUGGACGGAUACGAGUUCAAGCCCAAGAUGCACAUUAAUUAUUCGGAGGCCAUCUGGAAGGUCAAGGACGGGCUCCCGAAGUUCGCGACCAUGCCCGCGGCGUUCGGCGGCGACGACAAGAUGCUCGAGGAGUGAGCGAGAGCGAGCGAAAUCGAGCGAAAUCGAGCGAGCGAAAUCGAGCGAGCGCGCGAGCGAACCGGGAAGGAGGAAGGGUUUUGUUAAAAUAUCGAAACGACGCGAGCAGAUAUUUU